UUACUCUGUUUGUUUGUCCAGGUGAUCUGACGGGGCAGGUAUUGGCCUGCAUGAGCCUGUUGCCCAUCGCAAUCCUCGUCGGAUUUGUCACUCUGAUCGUCUUUAAGCGAGAGCUACAUACGAUCUCUUUCUUUGGGGGGUUGAUCAUGAACGAGGGGCUAAACUGGCUGCUCAAACACAUUCUACAGGAGCCUCGGCCGUGUGGAGGAGGUCACAGCUCAGUCACGACAGAGUACGGGAUGCCUUCCAGUCACUCGCAGUUCAUCUGGUUUUUUGUUGUAUACUUUUUUCUUUUUCUUUAUUUAAGAAUGCAUCAGACGAACAAUGCCAGGUGUGUUGAAUUGUUAUGGCGGCAUAUACUGUCCAUCAUUCUACUGGCCGUGGCUCUGUUCGUUUCAUACAGCAGAGUCUACCUCCUGUACCACACCUGGAGUCAGGUGAUUUAUGGGGGUGUGGCCGGGAUGGUGAUGGGAGUGGUUUGGUUUUUUAUCACCCAAGAGGUGCUGACGCCGCUCUUUCCCAAGAUAGCAGCCUGGCCGAUCUCAGAGUUUUUUCUGGUGAGAGAUACAAGUCUCAUUCCCAACAUCCUGUGGUUUGAAUACACAGUAACCAGAUCAGAAGCCAGGUAAACUCACCCACGAGUCUUCUGGAGUAUUUUUAUAGUGAUUUUAUGUUACUUUUAUGUCCUUUUUGUAACUGAGCAGCCCUAGUACACAUUGACUUUCAUUGCAUUUAUGUUUGCAUUUUACGCAUUUGCCA